AUGACCUUAAGAGCUGUUGGCACUCGAGGCUGGAGACCUUACCAGCUUUUCUUGGUGGUUGCCAGUAUAUUGUUGUUUUACACCUGGCGCAAUAAACAGAAUAACGAUGCAAUUACAAGGGAGAGAUUAUACAACAGCUCGAUUCUUGCGGAGGAUGAACCAAAUGUACCUGAUGAUUCGCUUGUUCAGAGUUCCGAAGCCAACAAAGGUAAAUGGACCGAUGAGAUCACGCCGGGUUUCCUUGCUGAAUUGGACAAGAAGACAGAAAAAUGUGUGAACUACGUUGAUUACUCCAAGAAAGCUCACGCACCUUACUCUAAGGGCAAAUACAGAUAUCCUUUCAUGAGGCCGCCAUUGAAGUGUCGGACAUUUGCCUCUGAUGCGGUUGAAAAACUCAUUGUGGAUUUGAAGCUGAAGAUCAAGAAUCCUGACCUUGCUAGGUUAGUCGAGAACUGCUUCCCCAAUACUUUGGAUACCACCAUCUUGUGGCACAAAGAUGGGUCCUCAAGUUCAAGCAAGAUCUCCCUGUAUCCAGAGACUUUUGUUGUCACUGGUGAUAUCCAUGCUGAGUGGUUGAGAGACUCGGCUCGCCAAUUGUCUGUAUACCAACCUUUGGUGAAGUACGACGAGAAGUUGAAGCAAUUGAUCAAGGGAGCCAUCUACACUCAGGAGCAGUACAUUAUGAACUCUCCCUACUGCAAUGCUUUUCAUCCUCCACCUAAUUCGAAUGUCAAAAAGGGAAACACCGCCAAAGAUAAUGUCUACCCAAGACCGGACUGGAACCAAGUCUUCGAGUGCAAGUAUGAAAUUGACUCCUUGGCAUCGUUUCUUACGCUUACAAAUGAGUACCUCGACAACACGGGUGACCUUUCGAUCAUCACCAACCGCUGGAUCAAGGCCUUUGAGAAAAUUCUUGUGGUUUUGAAGAGAGAGUCGCAACCAUCUUUCGACCCGGAGACAGGUGACGCCUUGCAGUUCUUCUACUCGUUUAAGAGAGAUACUAACAUUGGCUCCGAGACGCUCCCUCUAGAUGGUGUUGGAAACCCUGUCAACUUUGACACGGGAUUGAUUCGCUCCGCAUUUAGGCCAUCCGACGAUAGCACUAUACUACAAUUCUUCGUUCCAGGAAACGUUCACAUGUUGACAGAAUUGAAGCGAAUUCGCAGGUACCUUUUCGAUAAUGAUUUGAAAUUCGAUUUUGACUUGAGUGUUCACAAGGAACACACUGAUGCCUUUAUCAAGGGCAUCGGGAAGGGUCUUGAAGAACAUGCUAUCGUUGAUCAUCCCAAGUGGGGAAAGGUCUACGCAUUUGAGACUGAUGGCUAUGGCAGUAGUGUAUUCAUGGAUGAUGCCAACAUUCCAUCUUUGCUUUCUUUCCCAGACAUGGGCUACCUCGAUGUCAAUGACGAAACAUACCAAAGAACAAGAAAGAUGAUUCUCUCGAAAUCAGGAAAUCCAUAUUAUUUGACUGGCCGUCAUUUCGAAGGUAUCGGUGGUCCUCACAUUGGCAUUGAAAAUGCUUGGCCAAUGUCUCUCUUGAUGAGAAUUAGAACUACAGACGACGACAAUGAGAUUCUUGAGAGCUUGAACUAUGUUAUGAGUACAACUGCUGGUUUGGGUUUGAUGCACGAGAGUGUUAAGGUGAACUCUAUGAAGGGAUUGUCAUACACCAGGCCUUGGUUUGCUUGGUGUAAUUCUGAAUUCGGCAAGACGAUCUUGCACUUGGCAAAGCAUAAACCACACUUGAUUUUCAAGGAUGAGUUUGCCUCUACACCCUACAACCUUGACGCCCUAUUUGCGUGA